AUGCUCGCCUCAUGGAUAUUCGGUAAGGGAGGACCCAUUGCUUCUCUCAGUACAGUGAAAAAACGGUUCCUAAUGUGCGCAUAUAAGUACGCUCUUCCUUUUAUUGUUUCCGUAUACGACUUUUGGCGGUUUCGGCGAUUUCAGCCACCGCAGGAGGAUAGCGCAUCUCGACGAUUCCAGAAAGUGCACCUUCAGACAGCAUACUCGAUACUUCGGCGCACCUUUCAUUAUGUGACCAAAAGCUCUUUUCGAGGCAUUAUCGCCGCUACUCUCGUCUCGCUUGGUGGAUAUAGUACCGUAUCCAUUUACGCUGGCAGUCGGUCCACGUAUAUAUGCCCAGCCGUCACAAAUGGUGUAGCGGUUUUUCGGGGAAUUGCAUUCUUGAGCAUGUUGUGUGAUUCGGUCAUUCUGGUGGGCAUUGCGGAACUCUUCCGAGCGGAGCCCGAGAAAAAGGAAGCAAGAGAAAAGAAAGUACUCGUUUCUCUCGGAGCGGGUCUCCUUGCCGUGGGGCUCAUUUGGGCCGUCAUCGGGGCUUUCGUCCAAAACAGCAGAUCUGAGCAUGACAAUCAGCUGUUUUUGGAUGCAGAGUUUACGCGGAGUGCAUUCGGGCAAACUGUUCUUGUCGUUCUUUCUAUAAUAUCAGCAUGGCAAAUGCUACCCUUAUUCGGCAUUCUCGGCAUAUCUAUAUUAGGAGGAUAUAUCAUGAUAUUUUUCUCCGCAUUUUCGGUGAUCGCUUUCGAGCAGAUGCCCUACCCAUUCAUUUCAUGGGGCCAUGCGGCUUUUCCGUUCCUUGCUUCUUCGGCCGGAGCGAUACUUUUCCUUUCGGGGAGGAUCAUCAACGAAGAGGAGUCGAAAGCUCUCUACCGAACUAACAUUGUGCUGCAGGGACUUUUGGCCCUAUUCUGCGUGGUAGCACUUGCUUUUGCAAGUUCCAAGCACCAUUAUUCUCAUACACACCCGAUCGACAUUCUCAUCCACCAAGGGAGUAAGCAAAUGGAUCAAUUCCUCGGGCAGGCCAAGACCAGUAAAACACUGGGGGAUGCAGUCGCUGAGUACCGAAAGAGAUAUCAUCAACAUCCUCCCCCAGGGUUUGAUAAAUGGUACGAAUAUGCGACCAAUCGAUCAUCAGUCAUCAUCGACGAUUUCGAUGAAAUUUACAAGAAUUUGCUACCCUUCCGAGCGAUUCCACCAGCGGAGCUACGUGAUAUGACCCAAAAACUAGCAACAAACCCCUUCAACGACCUUGGUGCUAUCAGCAUACGGAAUGGAACUGCAAGGGUUCAGGAGGGGAUCAAACCCACACAUGCAUGGAUGGUUGCUGGAGCAGCGACGAUGAUCGAGAAAUUUUCCGAGCACCUCCCAGACAUGGAUCUUGUUUUCAACCUCAACGAUGAACCGCGCGUGGCAAUCCCUUGGAAGAAACUAGUCCCCCUCAAGCGCAUCUCGAAAGGAUUAGAAAAUGAGCUCGUUCCGGAGCAGGAUGUUAUACGCGAUUGGACUCCAGGACGACAGGAUGGCUGGGGGCCUAUCGAGCCUGCAGAUCAAACGAGCGAAACGAUCUUCACCGAUGGGGCUUGGCGAGGCGUAUUCGAUCCAUAUGUCAGCGAGAUUUGCCCUCCUUCCUCUCGCGCUCUCACCAGGCGGGUUUGGAACCGUCGCGACACGUGUUUGGAAUGUGCAGCUCCCCAUACCAUGGGCCAAUUUCCAAUCAAUUACGAUCUCGCCUCGGAUAUCUGUCACCAACCCGAUCUGGCCUUCCUGCAUGGCCUUUUGAUCUCACCUGCGUCGUUCAAGGUCUCUCAAGAUCUCAUACCAAUAUUCAGUCAGAGUGCGUUGAAGGGAUUCAGCGACAUUCUUUUCCCCAGCCCGUGGAACUAUGUGGAUAAAACGAAGUAUGAACCCACUAAAGAGUACCCGGACAAAGUCUUUGAGCGGAAGGAAAACUCCCUCUUUUGGAUCGGCAGUACUUCAGAGGGAGUGAGUCGAUCUGGAGAAUGGCAAGGUAUGCCGCGCCAAAGAUUCGCACAUUUGGUCAACAAUAAUACAAAUCAAGUCUCGGUUCUGCUCCCGACAAGCCCCGACCGCUACCGGUACAAGAUACUGAAUGGCGACGCACCUCUGACGGCUCUGGAGCUCCAAGCAUCUGUCCAUAUUGCCGACCCAAUUGCCCGCUGCGGCGCAGACUGCGACGAGCAACAUGCUGAGCUGGGCACUGCCCCACAUGUUGAUUUCCAAUCCCACUGGUCCCAUAGAUACCUCUUUGAUCUCGACGGAGCGGGAUUCAGCGGCCGAUUCCUCCCCUUCUUACAAAGCAACAGCUUGCCUUUCAAGACCGGCCUUUUCCGCCAAUGGUUUGAUAGUAGGAUAGUGUCUUGGUACCAUUUUGUCCCCAUCGACAUCCGUCUCCAUGGCUUUUGGAGUACGUUAGCGUACUUCGCCGGUGUCCCGGGCUCGCAGAUCAGCGACAAGCAUUCUGACCAGGGCCAGAUGUGGAUGAAGCAACAUUUGACCCAAGGCUGGUGGAUCGCGCAGCAAGGUCGAGAUUGGGCACAGAAAGCCCUCAGGAAAGAGGACAUGGAGAUAUACUUCUUUCGAUUACUCCUCGAGUGGGGUCGCAUGACGGAUGAUCAGAGAGACGUUCUAGGGUUCAUAUACCAAACGGACGACGCGGCAUCAUGA